AAAUUAUGCAUUUCACCUUUCUUAUGAUUUGCUGGCGCAUAAUCUGUAGAAAAGCAAGUACUGCGAUCAGUUGCUUUAUGUAUUGAUGCUAUAUUUUCUGUCAGCCCCAUUGUGAUUCAGUUUGACCCAUUAUGUUGGAAUUAGAACAUUGGAUUGAAUGCUUUAUUGCAGAGGCUUUUACUGUGUAUCAAAUCAGCUCAUGUUCAACUCACAACGUCUACAAUUCAUAAGUGAUAACAAUCCAUUUCUUUGUAUUUAUACCGCAGGAUGCAUAAAAUAUGCAAAAACUUGACUGUUGAUUUUUGUCUUGGGACAUUAUGUAAAACUUUUAUGGCCAUCAUUUAUACCCCUAACUUGCUUGGCAUCGUAGUAUUUCAUCUAUUCUGUUCUUUAAUUGGGUAUUACAGUACUUUGCAAAGAAGAUAGCAUUCUCUUACUUUUGAAGCUAAGUAUAAUAGCCGGGUCUCAUGUUAAAGUAAGUCUCAUAUCCAUGGAAAUAUAGCUUGAUAUCAGUGGUUUCAUGGAGGAUUCUGUGUCAUUUUGCAUACUGAGAACAUGCAUUUAAUAAUCUGUCCUUUUGUUUUCAUUGAAUUAUUGUCUUUGUUUUCUUAGUAAACGCUAGUGCAAUUCUUGAAAUUUCGCUGAUAUAUCUUUCUGCAUGCACUUCGGUCUUUUACAUUCCUGCUUUUUCAUUUGUGAUGUGAAUCUUGAGAUGUUACAUUUAGGCAUUUAGCCAUGGAUAAUUCAAAGGGAUUCGUCAAAGCUCCUGAUAACUGGGACAUGAGGUGUGCUGCACUUCUUUGGAUGCUUGUUGCUGGGUGUGUCUCGUGUUGGCUCCUAUGCAUAGCUAUCUAUGUACUUCCAAAGAUUACUGAAGGUGCUGGAUCUACUGCCUCUUCACCAAGGCUACUCAAGAUCUUGAUUUUAAUGCUCUCAAUAGCUGCUUAAAUGCUUGCAUUACAGAGGCCAUUUCUUGGAACCUAAGGCCUUAGGUUCAAGUCUUGAGAGCAGCCAAUUCAUUCGGCAUAACUGAAAGGGUUGCACAAUCUCAUUCCAAUUCACUUCCAUGGAUUCAUGGACAUUUUGGUUUCACUAAUUUUUAUAUCUCCACGUGACUAUGCAUGUUUGAUGCAUUGUUUUCAGGUUUGAUGAGAUGGUAUGCUUCUUGAAAGUUACUAUUGUUGGUGGUUCAUCUAAACAGACAGGUUGUACAUGCUGUUUGAGAGCCAGAUUCAAGUUGUGCCAUCUAAAGCUGUCUUUCAAUUGUUCAAUUUGCUGCGCAACAUCGAAUAGGAAGAUCAUUUCCAGGUUGCUGAUCUUAGUAUCUGACAAUAACAGAGUUCUUGUUCGCCCAACUGAAUUAAUGAACUUUAUGUUUCAAUGACUUAUUAUCAAUUGCAAAAGUUUACCAAGUGUUGCGUUAUGGACCUGGGUUCGUUUUCCUGAAUAGGUGAGGACUCCUUUACCUAACCUUCAGUUCGUGUGGGAUUCUAGCGGACACAAUGGUCUAUUAAUUUUGACAUGACCGAGGUGGUCGCUUCUAUUCAUGCAGUCGCAGUCCCACACAAGAUAUCCUAGUACAUCAAUUUCAGGGAUGGGUAGCUUAGAAGAGGAAAGGCUGGUACAAAUGGUGCGUGACUUCAUAGAAUCAGAAUCAUCAGCAGCACCCACAUUUACUGCUUCCUCAAACUGCCUUUCUAUCAACCAAGUCAAGUAUCUCACUUUACAGGAGAUACUUGGGAUAGUAACAGAAGCUGAGGCUGAGGUUUUGGAGACUCUACUGAAGCAUAUGAGAAGCAAAAGUGAUGCUGAGAAAACAACUAGUAAGAAGUUGUGGCUCAUGAAGAGGCUGAAAAUGGAUGGUUUCAAUGCUUCCCUUUGUCAGACUUCAUGGGUCACUUCCUUAGGAUGCCCUGCCGGGGAUUACGAGUACAUUGACAUCACAUUGGAAGAUGAGAAUGGUGGCACAAUGAGGCUCAUAGUGGACCUAGACUUCAGGUCCCAAUUCGAACUGGCAAGACCAACACCAUUCUACAAAGAACUAACAGACACACUCCCAUUAUUUUUUGUGGGUAGUGAAGACAAACUCCACAAAAUAAUCUCUCUGCUUUGCUCAGCAGCGAAACAGUCCCUUAAAGAGAGAGGGCUCCAUUUGCCUCCAUGGAGGACUAGCACUUACAUGCAGUCCAAAUGGCUAUCCAGGACUUGCAAAGUCGCAAGCGCCACUAACAUUGGUUACAGCAACAGAGAAAAUAGGGAAGCUAAAAAUGGGUACAGCAGCAUGUGGUCACCUCCAAUGGUUAAGCCCAAGAGAAGGGGUUGGGGUGGUGGGUCUGGCGGGUCUGGCUUGUCUAGUCAGCCUCUCUAGCAUGGGCGUAAAUUGUUGCUGAACAUUUUGCUGCUACACAGUCCAGUCCUAAUUUUGACAGACACGACAACUCAAGUUCUUUGAGCUUUUUGUAAUGUAAUGUUACCAAGUAUAUAUGCAAAAACAAUACACGUUUUGAUUACAUUAAUUUUGCUAAGCAUGUUACUCUCUA